AAUAAAAACAGUAACAAAGAAGAAAAAAGAUAGAAAAGAAUAAUAGAGGAUGAAGAAGCAAUAUGUACUUGUUCACGGUGGCUGCCACGGAGCCUGGUGCUGGUACAAAGUGAAGCCGAUGCUUGAACAUUCCGGUCACCGUGUGACGGUUGUUGAUCUAACGGCGUCUGGUGUGAACAUGACCAAAGUAGAAGAGAUUCAGACUCUGGAAGAUUAUGCUAAGCCGUUGCUAGAGGUUCUUGAGUCCUUUGGCUCGGAUGAUAAUGUGAUCCUCGUCGCGCAUAGCCUCGGGGGUAUAUCUGCUGCUUAUGCAGCUGACAUGUUUCCUAGUAAGAUCUCUGUUGCUGUCUUCGUUACCUCUUUUAUGCCUGACACGACCAAUCCACCUUCAUACGUUUUCGAAAAGCUAAUAGGAAGCCUUUCAGAGGAAGAAAUGGAUUUGAAGAUUGAGACUUACGGCACUAAAGACUAUCCUCUAAUGACUGCUUUUAUUGGACCUAAGUACUUAAAAAACAUGUAUCUACACUCUCCAAUUGAAGAUUUUGAAUUGGCCAAAAUGCUGGUGAGAGUUGUACCAGCUAUGACCAGUAAUCUGACGGGAACAAAAAGCUUAACCGAAGAAGGAUAUGGCUCGGUUACUCGUGUGUAUAUCGUGUGCGGUGAAGACAAGGGUAUAAGCGAAGAUUACCAGCGAUGGAUGAUUGAGAAUUUUCCGGUUAAAGAAGUUAUGGAGAUUGAAGAUUCUGAUCAUAUGCCAAUGUUCUCUAAGCCACAAGAACUCUGUGAUCGCUUACUAAAGAUUGCUGAUAAAUAUGCAUAAAUAAACCCGAGAAUGAUCUCACUUAUUGUCAUAAUAUUUUUAAAAAUAAUCUUAAACUUCCACCACCAUGCAUGAUAGGAUACAUGUUCCAUGCAUGAGAAUAUCAAUAAAAUUUAUGAAAUGAAAAAAUAUAAC